AUGCGCUGGCAAAAGCAGCACGGAAAACGUCUGGAUCAUGAUGAGCGAGUCCGCAAGCGUCAGGCGCGUGAGUCGCACAAGCAGUCAUAUGAUGCUCAAAACCUGCGUGGCCUGAGGGCCAAGCUGUACCAGCAGAAGCGUCACAAGGAGAAGAUUCAGAUGAAGAAGCGUAUCAAGGCCCAGGAGGAGAAGAAUGUCAAGUCCGCCGCUCCCGAUGAACCCUCCAAGACCCCUCUGCCCCAGUACCUGCUCGACCGCUCGCAGGCUACCAACGCCAAGGCCCUGUCCAGCGCCAUCAAGGACAAGCGUGCAGAGAAGGCGGCCAAGUUUGCUGUCCCUCUACCCAAGGUCAAGGGUAUCAGUGAAGAGGAAAUGUUCAAGGUUGUCAACACUGGAAAGAAGACCCAUAAGAAGUCUUGGAAGCGAAUGAUCACCAAGCCCACUUUCGUCGGUAACGAUUUCACUCGCCGCCCCGUCAAGUACGAGCGAUUCAUUCGCCCUAUGGGUCUUCGUUAUAAGAAGGCCAACGUCACUCACCCCGAACUCGGUGUCACCGUUCAGCUUCCUAUUCUUUCUGUGAAGAAGAACCCCCAGAACCCGCUCUAUACCCAGCUGGGUGUUCUGACCAAGGGUACUAUCGUUGAGGUUAACGUUUCCGAGCUCGGUCUUGUGACUACCAGCGGCAAGGUCGUUUGGGGUAAAUGGGCUCAGAUUACCAAUGUGUAA